AUGGUCUUCCCAGUUCGUAGGGUGGCGUUCACUGUCCUAUUAACUUGGAUUCUUCCCAUCUGCAAGCUGGUAGUAGUAGCCAACAAUGUUACCUCAAAACGUGACUUCAUUACCGUCGAGAACGGAUCCUUCUUCAAAAGUUGCUCUCGACAUUACUUAGUUUCUAUGAAUUAUUGGAGUGCAAUGAAUCUCGCGGCUGAUGAAACGGCGGGAGGUAACCUCACGAGGUUCAAAAUCAAGGUCAAACAGCUAGCUGAGAUGGGAGUCAAUAACGUCAGAAUAAUGGCAGCUUUGGAAGCUGCUGGUCACCCACCCUAUAGGAUUUACCCCGCACUCAUGUAUGCUCCCGGAAGAUAUAACGAAGAAAUGUUUGUUGGACUUGAUCGAGCUUUAGUGGAAUUUUCGAGGUACAAUAUUUCAGUCGUCAUGACCUUGAAUAACUUCUGGGAUUGGAGCGGCGGCUAUGCUCAAUACGUCAGUUGGGCAACCAACAAUUCUCAAGUACCACCUGCAAGUCCCUGGGAUCCAAGCUUGAAUCCUCCGUAUGGCAAUUGGAGUACAAGCGGUAUCUAUGGAAAAUACGAUCCGGCCACUGGUAAUUGGGACGGGUUUGUCGGCUAUGCUGGAAGGUUUUACAACGACAGUUCGAUCACCAAUCUGACUCAAACUUGGUUCAAAAAUCACAUCCACACCGUGGUCAACCGUCAGAACACGAUCAGCGGUGUUGUAUACAAAGAGGAUCCGACCAUAAUGACAUGGGAGUUGACAAAUGAGCCUCAAGACCCACCAGUCAAAUGGUCUGUCUUCAUCUCUUACACAUUCAUUAGCUUGAAACUGGAUUCUAAAAUGUUGCAGUUGAUGUUGGUCAGGGUUGAAGAUACAUCGACUUACAUCAAGUCCAUCGCCCCCAACCAUCUGGUUACUGUUGGCUUUGAGGGCAAAAAUGGUGAGUGGUGGUUCAAACGUGUUCAUGCACCCCGUUCUGUAGAUUACACUUGCGGUCAUCUCUGGGUUCAGAACUGGGGUGUUUACGAUCCAUUGGACCCAACUGAGAAGAGUUUGAAGGCAGCCAAAAUCUUUGCAAAUGGGUAUCUAAAGGAUUUAAGCAAAUGGACUCUUGACCUCAAAAAGCCUCUUGUGUUGGAGGAAUUUGGUAUGGCUAGAGAUAACUGGUUGAACGUGAAGAAAGGUGCUCCAAAAACGCAUUAUCUAUACGAAAGGAUGAAGGAUGGCAAGGAACUGGGCAAGUUUUCCUGUUGA